AUGGACAGCCGAGGCGCCUCGAGGUUGCUCGACGAGGCACCUCCGGGCCCCGACCGACGAUUAUUCCCCGACAACGAUGCGUCGAUAACACUGAAAAGACCUGCGUCCCAGGCGCAGAAGCCACUGGAUAAACGCAGUCUCGAGUAUAUUCUUCGCUCGGGCCUUGCAGGUGGAUUGGCAGGAUGUGCGGCAAAAACCGUUGUCGGCCCUCUGGACCGCGUCAAGAUCCUCUUCCAAGCUUCGAAUCCUCAGUUCGCAAAGUACACGGGCAGCUGGUUCGGCGUGGUGACUGCGAUGCGCGAUAUCCACAAGUAUGAAGGGGUACGGGGUUUAUUCCGUGGACAUUCAGCGACUCUUCUGAGGGUCUUCCCAUAUGCCGGGAUCAAAUUUCUCGCCUACGAGCAGAUAAGAGCAGUUAUCAUUCCGGACAAAAUACACGAAACACCUUUUCGUCGCUUUAUUUCGGGGUCGCUGGCGGGCAUUACCUCCGUCUUCUUCACCUACCCUCUCGAGGUCAUCCGGGUGCGGCUCGCUUUCGAGACGAAGCGCGACUCACGUUCGUCUUUGAGUCGAAUCUGUCGACAAAUCUACCAUGAACAGCCUCCACACCCAGAGCAUCUCACUAAUCAAACCCCAGUCGCAGCUGCCACGAACGUAGCGCAAAAAGCCGUACCUAAGUCUGGGCUUGUCAACUUCUACCGCGGGUUCUCCCCGACCUUACUGGGUAUGCUGCCAUAUGCCGGAAUGUCGUUCUUGACGCACGACACAAUUGGCGAUAUAUUCAGACACCCUAUCCUAGCACCAUACACAGUGCUACGGUCAACAUCUACGGCCGCAGCCCCGCCACCAGAGGAAAACCGGUCGAACGUCAAGGUCUACCGGCGCGCCCAAUUGAAUGCCCCGGCUGAGUUGAUAUCGGGCGCAAUAGCUGGCCUGGUCUCCCAAACCUCCUCUUACCCGCUUGAGGUGAUCCGACGAAGGAUGCAAGUCGGCGGUGCCAUUGGAGAUGGCCACCGGUUGACUAUUGCCGAAACGGCGCGUCGGAUAUGGCUGGAACGAGGCUGGAGAGGGUUUUUCGUCGGUCUGACCAUUGGCUAUGUCAAAGUCAUACCAAUGGUCGCCACGAGUUUCUAUGUUUAUGAACGCAGUAAAUGGCUGCUGGGGAUUGGUUGA